AUGUCUAGAACUAAAACACUUCUUUCUCGCAUCAAACCCCUUCACCACCCAAAACCCACUUCUCCUUCUCCCAUUCCCUUCCCUCCCCACAUAAAAAAUCUGGUCAAAGACGCCAUCCAAAUCCUCAGAACCCACCCACACUGGCAACAAUCACUUGAAACUCUUUUUUCAGACUGCGAAACUCCAGUUUCGGAGAUUGCCCACUUUGUGUUUGAUCGAAUUCGCGACCCAGAAUUGGGUUUCAAGUUCUUCGAAUGGGCCUCGGAACGAUCGGAUUCUAACGGUUCGCUUAAUGGGUUUUCUUGUUCUUCACUUUUGAAGCUUUUAGCGAGGUGUAGAGUGUUUGUAGAGGUUGAGAAUUUGCUGGAGACAAUGAAGUGUAAAGCUUUGGCGCCCUCCCGAGAAGCAUUGAGUGUUGUUAUCAGCGCGUAUGUGGAUUCUGGAUUGGUUGAUAGAGCUCUUGAGCUGUACCAUAUUGCUUAUGAUGUUCAUAAUUAUCUGCCCGAUGUUAUUGCUUGCAAUGCGUUACUCAAUGCCCUUAUUCAACAGAAAAAAUUUGAGAUAGCCCGUAAAGUGUAUGAAGAAAUGGUUGAAAGGGAUGGUUGUUGGGAUAAUUAUAGUGUUUGUAUUAUGGUGAGGGGGUUGUGUAAAGAAGGGAAGGUUGAGGAGGGUAGAAAGUUGAUUAAUGAUAGGUGGGGAAAGGGGUGCAUUCCGAAUAUUGUGUUCUAUAAUGCUCUCGUUGAUGGGUAUUGGAAGAAAGGUGAUGUUGAAAGAGCUACUGGCCUUUUCAAGGAAUUGAAAAUGAAGGGAUUUUUACCUGCAAAGGAAACUUACGGGGUUAUGAUUAAUGGGUUCUGUAAAAAAGGCAAUUUCAAGGCAGUUGAUAGGCUUUUGGUGGAAAUGAAGGAGAGGGGUUUGGAUGUGAAUGUUCAAGUUUAUAACAGUAUCGUUGAUGCUCAAAUUAAGCAUGGUUGUAAGAUUGAAGUGGGAAGGACUUUAAGAUGGAUUGUUGAGAGUGGCUGCGAGCCUGAUAUUGCAACAUAUAAUACUUUGAUUAGUGGUUCAUGUAGGGAUGGGAAAGUUCAUGAAGCUGAACAGCUUCUAGAACAGGCAAUAAUGAGGGGGUUGUUGCCGAAUAAACUUAGUUAUACUCCUUUUAUACAUGUCUAUUGGAAACAAGGGAAAUGUGUUAGGGCCUUGGAUUUUUUAAUUGCGAUGACAGAUAGAGGGCAUACACUGGAUUUGGUUGCUUAUGGAGCUCUUGUUCAUGGCCUGGUGGCUGCAGGGGAGGUUGAUGUUGCAUUGACAGUUCGAGAUAAAAUGAUGGAGAGGGGAGUGCUGCCCGACGCAAAUGUUUACAAUGUUUUAAUGAAUGGACUUUGCAAGAAGGGGAGGCUUUCUGCUGCCAAGCUCUUGCUUGUGGAGAUGCUUCACCAAAAUAUACCCCUUGAUGCAUUUGUUAAUGCCACCCUGGUUGAUGGAUUUAUAAGACAUGGUGAACUCAAUGAGGCCAAAAAGCUCUUUGAGGUCACAAUUGCAAAGGGUAUGGAUCCUGGUGUUGUGGGCUACAAUGCCAUGAUUAAGGGUUAUUGCAAAUCUGGAAUGAUGAAUGAUGCAUUGACGUGUAUCCAAAGAAUGAAAGAUGGGGAUCAUUCACCUGAUGAGUUCACUUAUUCAACAAUCAUAGAUGGGUAUGUAAAGCAGAAUGACUUGCAUAAUGCACUGAGGGUGUUUGGACAGCUGAUGAAACAAAAAUGCAAGCCAAAUGUGGUAACAUACACCUCUCUAAUUAAUGGAUUUUGCCGCUCUGGAGACUCCUGCAGGGCUGAAAAGACAUUUGAAGAGAUGCGAUCUUUUGGAUUGGAGCCUAAUGUUGUCACAUACACUAUUCUUAUUGGGUGCUUCUGUAAGGAGGGUAAACUUGCAAAAGCUUGCUCCUUUUUUGAAAUAAUGUUGCUGAACAGUUGCAUUCCUAAUGAUGUUACUUUCAACUAUCUUAUAAAUGGCCUAGCAAAUAACGUGGCAACUGCAAUUUCUAACAAAGCAAAUGAGUCUCUAGAGAAUAAUGCUUCUCUGCUGCUGGACUUUUUUGGAACGAUGAUUUUGGAUGGAUGGGAGCAGAGAGCUGCUGCUUAUAAUUGUGUGCUCAUUUGCCUUUGCCAUCAUAAAAUGGUUAACACUGCUUUGCAGCUACGUGAUAAGAUGACAAGUAAGGGGAUCUUUCCAGAUCCUGUUUCUUGCGCUGCCCUGGUAUAUGGUCUUUGCUUAGAAGGGAGAUCAAAGGAGUGGAAGAAUAUCAUCUCCUGUAAAUUGGAUGAAUGGGAAAUCCAGAUUGCUGUCAACUACUCCCAGAAAUUGAACCGGUUCCUACCCCGAGGCCUAACUUCUGAGGCUCCCGAGAUCUUCCAAACGUUGCUUGAGGGCAUCAAGCUCCAUACACAAGAAGAAAAUAAUUUCGUUGUCCCAGCAAGACAGGGAGCUGAUGAGAUUUGA